AUGUCGCAACCACCGUCGACACCCGUCAAGGUCCCGUCCUCGGCGGCCAACUACACCCCGGCGACCCUUGACCCAGACCUUCGCUCCCAGAUCAACACGCUGCUCAUCCGGGAGGGACACAUUACCAAGAUACAAGAACGUCUACUCCACAGCCUCGAUUCCCACAAUGCCAACUGGCCGACUGCCAUACAAGCUCACGCCCUCUCCCUCCUCCGCAACGGCGAGGUCAGCACCUUCCCUGCCCUCAUCAAGCGGGUCCUCGAGGACGUCCGUCACGAGACAGCCACCGCCGCGUCUUCCUCUACCAGCACCAGCGGCGAUGCAGAUUCCGCCUCGGCCUCGAACGGGACCACAUCAGCGGCGAACGGCACAUCAGACAAGAAGGGAGUCAAUGGCACAUCAUCAAACGGCACAGUAUCGGACGGAGGUAACAGCCUGGCCGUGCCCGCCGCAGUCGUCGAGACUGUCCUCAAGGUGACGCGGGAGAGUCUCGAGGCCGUGUGCGAGAUUGACAACAGCAGCUCCUCGGGUGGUGGCGGCUAG